CAAAAACAAUGGUUAAAGACCUCAGGAAUCAACUAGAUUCACUCAUAGUGCUAAUAUCAAAGACUAGCUCACCUGAUUUCAUACGAGACUGCGAUCUAACAUCAACGGGUUAGAGGGAUCCGAUUGAGAAGAGGGUACAAUUCAAUUUCUUCUCAGAGUGUCUGCAAAUCACGGCAAAUCAUCAUGACGACUGCUUCGCUUCCAUAUCAUGAACCAGGAAUCAUAACCAUCCUGAUCCAUACUUCGUUUCUACUCCUUCUCAAUAUUGGAAAUUUCGUACUUGAUCAUACUCUUUACUGCGGACUUCUUGGCCAGAUAUUCUUGGGCAUUGCUUGGGGAACACCAGGUGCCAAAUGGUUAACUGUAGAGACAGAAGAAGUUAUCGUCCAAUUGGGCUAUCUUGGGUUGUUACUUCUAGUAUAUGAAGGUGGCUUAUCGACAUCUCUAAAAGCCAUUAAGGCGAAUAUUUUAUUGUCUUCAUGCGUUGCUAUCACAGGUAUAGCCCUACCCAUAGGACUCUCCUUCGCAUUACUAAAACUAUGCGAUGCUACACCUCUCCAGGCCUUUGCGGCUGGGGCAGCCUUAUGCUCUACAAGCUUGGGGACGACGUUUACAGUUCUUGGUUCAACUGGUCUAAUACAAGCCAGACUCGGCGUGGUGCUCACGAGUGCGGCGAUGAUGGAUGAUGUUGUAGGCCUCGUGAUGGUCCAGGUUAUCUCUAAUUUAGGAUCGUCUGGGGCAUCUAUCAGCGCUGUUACUAUCAUUAGGCCACUGCUAGUUUCGGUGGCGUUUGCAGCGUGCGCUCCCGUUGCCUGUGUAUUCGUUGCCAAACCAAUCACGCUUUGGUUAAAUGUGAUGCGAACGAAAAGUCCACUCGGAUUUCUAAAUAGAUUAUUGAUGGACGAUAGAGUCGCAUGGCUUAUUCAUACACUGAUACUUAUUGGAUGUAUUGCUGGGUCGUCGUAUGCGGGAACAUCAAACCUCUUUGCCGCAUACAUCGCUGGUACUGGAAUCAGUUGGUGGGACUCUGAGGUACCACAUCCUAAACCCCCUGUAGCGUCCACAGCAGUACCUGCUACGAUACAAGAUGAAGCCCAAACUACAGAAUCACCAACUGUGAAUAGAAUGGAGACAUCCGAACACCGCGACCAGCAUCCUGAAGGAUCUAACUCAUCUGGGCUUUUCACUUUUGAGAAAUAUUAUGCGCAGUCGCUUUAUCGAAUCUUGAGGCCCUUUUUCUUCGCAUCCAUUGGAUUCUCAAUUCCGAUUACCGAAAUGUUCAGCAGUAAAAUCGUUUGGAAGGGGCUAGUGUAUACAGCCUUAAUGAUAGUCGGCAAGAUGGCAUGUGGUAUUUGGCUCCUUCGCAUAUCGUUUGCUCCUACCAUAUCUACCAUAUCAACUAAGUUCACUGCUGUAAUGAGGUUCUUGAGGCCUAAGAUAACUAAUUUAUGGGGCCGACCUCAUGAAAAGUCGGCUUCGCCUCGUAACACGACUAAUAAUACACGCCAAACCCAACCCCCAAGCUCCUCAUCAUCACACCAAGCAAGAAGCACACGGCCAACAACCGAAACCUCGGAUCCUGCCUUGAUAAAGCCACGUUCAAUAUAUCCAGCCUCAAUCCUGGGCUGCGCAAUGGCUGCCCGUGGGGAGAUAGGUUUCUUAAUCUCGUCGGUUGCAGAAAGUAACCACAUCUUCGCUAUACAAUCCAAUAGCGCGAAGAACUCGGAGAUCUUCCUGGUCGUCACUUGGGCCAUCAUGCUGUGUACAAUUCUAGGUCCUUUGGCUGUGGGACUAGUAGUAAGACGGGUAGAACGAUUACAACAAGGUGUACAAAGGCAAGGUCGACUCAUACAAGGAGAUGUGCUUGGAGUCUGGGGGCUAUCCUGAUACUCCGAUUGGGCCUCCACAGGUCUUCCUAAACACGCGCCUGCCCGCGUACUAGGUACCUACUA